GAGUGGACACCGUCUGUCCCCCCUGUGUUCAUUUCCAUGUCCAGACGGUGUCCACUCUGUCUGUCCCCUCUGCAUCACUGAAACACAUCAGUAUUUAACCUCACGGGAACUUCGCCUGAAAUCAGAAACAUCCUUUAAACGUUCUUUGAACGUUAGAUUACAACGUUUUCUUUAACACAUUAUUACAACCUGUAGGUAACGUUAGUGUUGUGUGAAUGCUCCCUGCCGACUGUGAAGGAGGUGCAGAGACAGAGGGUGGUGCAGGGGGAGGUCCGGCUCCUCCUCUGGUUUUGGGGCGGAGGUCUGACAGACUGAAUCUGUUUGGGAGGAAAAAGUUUUUCUCGUCUCUCUGCGGACCGUUGGACCGACUCUCUCCUUCUUGUCCUUCUUGUCCUCCUUCUUGUUCUCCUCGGCUCCUCCAUCAUGUCCGGAGUGGCCAGCACCCUGGCCAAGAAGCGGGCCAUGGCUGCGGGCUUCGGGACCAACGCGAAAGCGGUCCGGUACCUGAACCAGGACUUCAGCGCGCUGCGGGCUCAGUGUCUGUCCUCCGGGAGGCUCUUCUGUGACCCGACCUUCCCCGCCGCCCCGGAGGCGCUGGGCUUCAAAGAGCUGGGCCGGAGCUCCUACAAGGUCCGCGGCGUCACCUGGAAGAGGCCCACGGAGCUGGUCAGUAAGCCUGAGUUCAUCAUGGGUGGAGCCACCAGGACUGAUAUCUGUCAGGGAGCUCUGGGUGACUGCUGGCUGUUGGCCGCCAUUGCCUCGCUGACACUGAACGAGUUCGUGAUGGCCAGAGUCGUCCCCACCGAUCAGGGCUUCGGAGACGACUACGCCGGCAUCUUCCACUUCCAGUUCUGGCAGUUCGGGGAAUGGGUGGACGUUGUGAUUGACGACCGUCUCCCGGUCAAAGAUGGCGAGCUGAUGUUUGUGCACUCAGCCGAGGGGAGGGAGUUCUGGAGCGCGCUUCUGGAGAAGGCCUACGCCAAGGUGAACGGCUGUUAUGAAGCUCUGUCUGGCGGCUCUACCACUGAGGGCUUUGAGGAUUUUACGGGAGGAAUCGCAGAGAACUACGACCUCCAGCGCCCGCCGUCCAACCUGUUCCAGAUCAUCAAGAAGGCUCUGGAGGCUGGAGCGCUGCUUGGCUGCUCUAUCGACAUCACCAGCGCCUCAGACUCAGAGGCCGUCACUCGUCAGAAGCUGGUGAAAGGCCACGCCUACUCGCUGACUGGCGCCGUGGAGGUGAACUACCGCGGCCGCAUGGAGAAGCUGGUGAGGGUGAGAAACCCCUGGGGUCAGGUGGAGUGGACUGGAGCCUGGAGCGACGGGUCGUCUGAGUGGAACUCUGUGCAGGGAGACUGUCCGCACGCCAACGCGGAGGACGGAGAGUUCUGGAUGUCCUACAACGACUUCCUGCGUCACUACUCUCGGAUCGAGGUGUGCACCCUGACGCCUGACACCAUCUUAGACGACUCGGUUAAACACUGGAGCGUCAGCAAGUUUGACGGCUCCUGGCGGAGAGGGUCCACCGCCGGAGGCUGCAGGAACCACCCCUACACGUUCUGGAUGAACCCGCAGUUUGUGAUCAAGCUGGAGGAGGAGGACGACGACCCCGACGACGGCGAGAACGGCUGCAGCUUCGUGGUCGGUCUGAUCCAGAAGAACCGCAGGAAGCUGCGCAAACAGGGCGAGGACAUGCACACCGUUGGAUUCGCCAUCUACGAGGUCCCCCAACAGUUCAGUGGGCAGAGGGAGGUUCACCUGGACAAGAACUUCUUCCUGACACACGCUCAGACGGCGAGGUCUGAGACCUUCAUUAACCUGCGUGAGGUCAGCAACCGCUUCAAGCUUCCGCCCGGAGAGUACCUGAUCGUCCCAUCCACCUUCGAGCCGCACCUGAAUGGAGACUUCUGCAUCCGUGUCUUCUCCGAGAAGCAGUCAGAGACGCUACCCUGUGACGACCCUGUCAACGCGGAGCUGGACGAUGAGACGGUGUCUGAUGAGGACGUGGACGCAGGAUUCAGAGGACUCUUCACCAAACUGGCCGGAGACGACAUGGAGAUCUCUGCUGCCGAGCUGAGGACCAUCCUCAACAAGAUCGUUUGCAAACGGACUGACAUAAAGACGGAUGGCUUCAGUCUGGAGACCACCAGGGUGAUGGUCAACCUGAUGGACGUAUCCUCACACAGACAUCUCGUUCUUUUCACAAACUUUAGCUUGUGAGCAAACACCAACAGAAACAGGAACACACCUGCAGCAGAAUGGGCACAAAACAUCAUCCU